GCAGCUUAUACACGGCAGCUGUCUGGGAUUCCUUAUCAGGGGGCACUGGAAGACAGGACCCCGUGGUCAUCCCCUGUCACUGAGCCCAGGGUGGUCCACAAAGAAAGGAGCAGCUGUUAUACUGCCAUAUCGUGCUCCCUACGCCCUGCUCUGCAUAGUAUCUAUGAUCAACGUUGGACAGGAAAAGGAAGCCAAGACAGCUCAGGGAGUUCUAGAUAGACUGCAGCAAUGUUCCUGAUCAAUCGAGGUGGUGGAGGCGGUGGCGGCAGUUUCUUUGGUGGCGGCGGUGGUGGAGGCGGCGGCGGGAGAAUGUUCGGAGGAAUUUUCAACAUGCUCAGUGAUGCAGCUGCAAACUACAACCCGACUCCUCCGCCCCCUCGGAGCCAUAUUUCCGUCAUUCAGUCAAACGAGAGCGAGGAGGAGCGAAACUUCCGUCGGCUUUUCAGCCAGCUGGCCGGAGAUGACAUGGAGGUCAGCCCGACCGAGCUGAUGGGAAUUCUCAACAAAGUCGUUUCACGACAUUCAGACCUGAAGACGGACGGGUUCAGCAUCGAUUCAUGCCGCAGCAUGGUGGCAGUCAUGGAUAGCGACAGCACUGGGAAACUGGGCUUCGAGGAAUUCAAAUACUUGUGGAACAACAUAAAGAAAUGGCAGGCUGUCUACAAGAGAUAUGACACUGACCGAUCAGGAACUAUUGGCAGCAGCGAGCUGCCCUUGGCAUUCCAAGCUGCAGGAUUCCAGCUGAACGGUGAAUUGUAUCAGAUGAUCAUUCGCCGUUAUUCCGAUGAGAAGGGAGAAAUGGACUUUGACAACUUCCUCUGCUGUCUGGUGCGGCUGGACGCCAUGUUCCGUGCUUUUAAAUCGUUGGAUAAAGAUGGAGAUGGGAAGAUUAGGGUGACGAUGCAGGAGUGGCUUCAGCUGACCAUGUAUUCAUGAAGCAGGAGGAGGCGCCGUGGAGCUGUGAAGACCUCCCCCCGCUGCCCCAGCUGUAUACAUGCCUGAUUUUUUUACACUCCUUAUCUUUGUAAACUGCAAUAAACAAUAUAUUUUACACUGUAAUAUUGGGAUAUAUGAGCCGCGUCCCCAGUGCUGGUUGGCGCAUGUCUCUGUGUGAUGCUUCGGAUCUGCCCUGUGAUGCCAGGUGAAUGACAAUCAAUCCAGCCCGUUCAUCUGCCCAGUGACUACAGUCCACAGGCAGUCGUAAGUCAACCAACCGGUCCUGUGAUUAGCGCAUCGGCCCUGCAUGGGAAAUAGGGCUCAGGACUGAAUGGGGCCACAGUGCAGUACUCAUAGUCUUUGGGGCCAUGAUAUAAAAUAUUUCAGGGGGGCUGGGAGGAGUUGGGAAUGUUUCUGUAUUUUCUUGAAAACCUCAAUAAAACUGGUUUGAUCACAAAAAGAAAAA